UCUGGGGACAGGCAGUUGCAGGGGCUGGUCAAAGAGCCCAUGGCUCUCACUGCCUGACAGGUGUGGCAUCAGUGAGGCAUGUGGAGCUUCCUGAAAGCCUGGUGCUGGGACGGGCUGAGCAUCAGUUAGCAGGUUGGCCUUCCCUCACCUGUUUAGCCUGGGGGUCCUCGGAGUAAUUCCCAGGGUGAUCCUGAGGUGUCCCCUCUGCAGCUGCUGAGGGACAAGUGUCCAUGGAGCAGAGACUCCCACUGUGAAAUGUGCACACUGACUGUGUUAUCCUCGGGGUAGAGACACUGCUCAGCACUCAGUUACUGCUGCGUGGCAUGGGCUAGCUGCUGUUUCUCUGGACCUCGAUUUUCUCAGUUGUUGAACAGGCUGUGGUCCAGGCAGCUCCAUGUUUCAUGAUUUCCGGGUUCAUGCUGCUGAUGUUUGGGCCAGGGGCAAAGGUUUGGGGAAUGAUGGAGUGGGUCCUGGGCCUGCCACUUGGACCUGCUUGGCAACACUCAGCAGGAGACCUUAAAUAUAGUCCUUAAAAUUACCUUCCUGGAGAGGGAGGCCGUUUUUCAGUUACGUAGUGAGCUCAAGACUAGUUGGGAUGUAUGAGACCCUGUCUGAAAGCCAUGAAGAAGAAGAGGAAGAGGAGGAGGAGGAGGAAGAGACAUUUUCUUAUAGGACCCCUGGCAGUGUGGCUCUCAGUCAAUGAUGGCUGCACUAACUUGUUUUAGAAUAAUUAUUAUUCCUACAACCUAAGAGUGUUCUGGGCAGGGGGGAUGGCUCAGCAGGUGAAGAGCCUGGGCUUCAAGCCUGAGUUUGAUCCCUAGGACGUACAUGGUGGAAGAAAGGAAUGGACUCCCACAAGUUGUCCUCUGACCUCCAUCUGUGCCCCCCUGAUAAACAAACAAACAAACAAAACAGGACACAGGAAUAGGGUAGGUUUUUCCUUGCUUUCCCAGGCAUCGCCAGCCAUCAGAGGGAGCUGUGUCCUUAGCCAAAGCCAAGAGCUUGGCAGGUCCUCUAUUAUCCUUUCCUGUCUCCUGGACAGUGGGGCCCCUAGCGACCCAGUAGGUAUCCCGGUCAGGGUCACAGCAGCUGCACGGUGUGGGCCUUUGGUACUCAGAUGGAGCCCACUGUUAUGGCUUAUAGGGAUGGGGAGUCUAUGCUGGACAGCCUCAGACUGGAGGGUGAAGGAGGAUAGGUCUGUUGUGGGCAUCAGGGGUUACAGAGGAUUCAGACUGGAACCAUCCUCUGGGUGGAGGACUGGUCCUCAGCACUGCAGCCUCCAGCCCCGACUCUGAGCAAGGGCUGCAAGGCCUUGGCCUGGGACUGGAGGGGCAUGUGGGCCCUGUGUGCUGCUCCGCUCUGCCCUGUAAUUGCCUGUUUAUCUGAGUCUCCCCUCUAGAGGUGAACUCCCCAGGGGCAGAGCUGGCCCAGUCUGCCCCUUCCUGCUGAGCCUGGGGUGGGGAGCAGAGGGAGGACCCAAGAGCUUGAGGAACAGAGGGAUGCCCUACCUUGAACCCAGUACAGCCCCGUGGCUCCAAAGCUGACCUUGCUGCCCAUUUCCCGUGGGUCUCUUGAUGGACUGGAGGCCAACUAGGUCUGGCUAUGCACUGACAGGGAAGAUACUCACCUUGCUAUCUCACUGUCUUGGCCUCCCAAGCCCUGCUUCCUGUCUAGCUGGUGGAGAAGUUGGCCUGCUUGUGGAAGCCUGCCUCUCAUCAGUGUGGAACCUCAGCCUUCCGCAGGGCUGAGACUCCAGCCAUGGUGGUCUCCCAGGCUGAUCUCCAGGAGUUUGGCCCUGGGGGAGGCUGGGCUGGGCUCUAUGCUGAUUGCAUUCCACCUCCACAUGCUGUUGUGGUGACAGUCCCUGGCUCAUGCGGGGAGGCCCUGGGGAGCUCAUUACUGCACCCGUACAUCCCCUGCAGUCCCCACUGACUGGAACCUGUUUGUUGUCACCCCUCUAGUUCUGUCCUGUUGCCCUGCAGGGCCUCCCCUGCCUUACUCUGUUUUUUUCCCCUGGAAGGCCAGUAGGGGUGAGUUGUACCCUGAGCCCCGCCCACCUGCACUCUCCCUGUGCUGAGUUUCAGAUGCAGAUGUAGCAUGCCUGGGGCACUCUUGCCCUUCCUCUAGGAAGCUGUUCCUUUAUUCCUAGACCUCAAGGUGAUCUGGGGGCUGAUGGGCACAGGAGUCAAAGCCAGCCAUGCUGAGUUUGUCCUGGCUGCUCGUCACUGACCUUGGCCUCAGUGCCAACCUGACUUGCCAGGCCCCAUAGACCAAUCCAGGGUGUUAAGAAGGGCCGUCCUUGCACGCUUUCUCGCCCACCCUUCCCUUGUGCAUCCCACCUAAUUAUCUGUUCUCUAGGGCUCCCUCUCUUAUGGGCUCCCAGGUCGGUACGGCCUCCUCCAACUCAGUGGUUUGUUCCCUAAGGCAGACCGUGGAUUUGAGGUGAUCAGGCCGCGUGAAUUCACAAUUAGGAUAUGAUUAGAUUACAUACUUGUCAUCAGGCUCAGCUUAGGCCAGAUCCAAGGCUCUCUGGAGGAUGUCCUCUACAAGUGCCUAGUGCAGCCCCAAACAUGGGAUGGGCCUGCUGCCUGCUCUCAGCUGCCCGGGACCCAGGAGUAGCCAGCCAGGGUCCUGGCUGGAAGUAAGGACCGAAGUGACCAUAGUACAAAGUUAGGGGGCAGGGAGUGAGGCAGGGGGUUGUCGGUCCUGGGCAGUGCUGGAGAGAGCCAGGGGUGCUGGGACCAGGCAAUCUCUGUUUCCAGUUUAAAUGUUUCCCAGUUUUUAGGGCUUGCAGGAGGGAGAUCUUGGAUUCAAGGCUCGCUUGGGCUGUUCAUUAAACCCUGUCUCAUUAGCAACAACAAUCAAUGGAAUGUGUCCCACUCUGUCCCAGCUCAUGCCUCAGUUCUGAACUGGUUCAUUGAGAAGGGAUGAGUGAAGGACUUAAGCCGUGUCCUGUGUAGACGGUAUGAUCUGGGGACUGGAAGAUGUGAAAUGCACAAAAGGCCCACGUAACCUUCACCGCCCAGAGGCUGCCGUGUUAGGGGCUUUCUUAUUUUCCCUCUUCUCCGCUGAGGAGACAGUCCGUGAUGCUUGCUUUGUUUUCAGGCACACUCUGCAACCACAGAUGCUGCUUCAGAGCGGCCUUUCUCUCCUGAGUUCCCUCCUCCAUCCAGCCUUGGGUGGCUCCUCACAGGGUCUGUCCAGCGGCUGGCUGAGCUGCAUCCACCUCCUCCUUCCCUCACUGACCACAAACUUAUCACACAGCUCUUUGCUGGCCCCUUCCACCUGCCCUGUCUGUGGGUCCCUAGGACAGCAGUCACUUCAUUCCUCACCCUUGACUUCCUGCAAGGCGUACCCCUCUCCCAGCCCCCCUAGAGUUUCUGGACCCUGGAUCCCCUUGGGGAUUAGGAGAGGCUGACAACCUCCCCUGCUCCUUCCCUCGGGAUGCAGAAACCCGACUUCUUUCCCCUGCCUGUGUCCGUCUGCACAGAUGCCAGCUUCCUCAGCCUCAACCCCUGGCAUUGCUGUCCUUGCCAGCCUGCUGUGCUGGCUUGUUGCCUGGCGCGAAGUGCUUGGCGCCUCUUAUUUCUCCUCCUUUCUGGACAUCGUUAUGUCUGUGAGGUUAAUACCUGCCCUCGGCCCUUGACCCCCAUUACUCUGAUCGUAGUUUUUGGCAUCAGCGCCAUCCAUCUUCACCUUCAGCCACUUGUUGCUGUACCCACAGCUUGUGUGGAGCCCCUUUCCAGGAGUGCUUCAGACCCUUCUCUCCCUCACCUUCUAGGCCUCCGAGUCCCUUCAUCACCUUUUGUGCUUGUCAUUCAUUCAUUCAUUCAUUCAUUCAUUCAUUCAUCCAUUCAUUCAUCCAUCUAACAUUCAGCAUUUCUGCCAUCCACUUGGCUUUGUGAACAUCCUCUGAGCAUGGCAAGCUGUGUUCUCACUUACAGUGAUGAACAAGACAGACAGACACACACCCGCUGGAAUCCAGUUCAGUGGGAAAGCGCCGGCCUGCCCUGUGCAAAACUCAAGUUUCCAUCCCCAGCACCCUCCUCACACACACCAGCUAUCACACCACACCCUCGCACUUUCACGUAUUCACACUCAUGCACGCACACUCUCUAACACUUAAGCAAACACAAAUACGAAUUGGGCUUGCUGUGAUGCUUGGUGGGUAAAGGUGCUUGCUGCCUUACAAUCUGAGUUCAGUCCUGGAACCCAUACGGUGGGUGGAGAGAACCGACUCGCUCAGACUGUCCCCUGACCUCUACAUGUGCCCUGUGGCAUGUACACACACACGCACACGAACACGCAUGCGCACGUACACGCACACGCACACGCAAAUGCAAUGAAAAGAAUUUAAGGUCAGAAUGUCGUGCUGGAGGCACAGAGGGUAAUCCUCUUCAGAGAGGAACCGGAUGCCCUCACUAACAGCUCUUGGCCACACCGUCCUGAAGGCCGGCGAAUGAGCAGGAGGCUUGGUUCGUCUCUUACCAUACCGUUUUCUGGAACUGCUGCUAGUGGCCCCAAGAACUCGCCCCAGGGCUUGAGGUUGAUUUAUUUUUCUCAGUUCUGGGAACUGAAUCCAGGAUCUGUCCAGGCUAGGUAAGGGCUCUGUCACGGAUACCACUGAGCUCCUCUUCCUUCAUCCUAAAAUCCCCAAUGGCAAGGUUGAGGCAGGAGGAUUGGGAGAGUGAAACCAGUCUAGGCGACCUACUGGGAUCCUGCCUUAAAGUAAAAGGAACAUAUAUCGGGAUGUAGUUCAGUGAAAGGGGCCUUGGGUUCGGUUCCCAGUACUGCAGAGACAAGCAACCCCAAAUAAAAACCGUGAAGGCUCACACCUGUAAUCCCUGCACGUUGGAGGCUCAAGCAGGAGGAUUGCUGGGAGUUUGAAGCCAGCCCGGAUGGCUACACAGUGAGACCUUGUCUCAAAAGAAAAAAAAAAAAGCCAACCCAACAAGCAUGCUGUCCAUCAUGGUGCCCUGUGCUUCUCCUCAGCCCAAGAUCCCACUGGGUCCCUUGGCCUCCAUGUGGCAAAGCAGCAUGCUUCUGUCCCCUGACCCUCCCGACUGUUUCCAGUCACCACACCUUGCGCCAUGCCUCUUUCCUGUGUGUGACAGCAGCGUCUCUGGCUCUGCUGCCCAGACGCACUUCAGAUUCCAGGUCUGCCAUCUGUCCACAUACACUGACUGGGUUCUGCCUCUCUCCCAUCCUCCUCGCCAGUGCGUGGGUCUCCUGAUGCUUCCCUGGGGAGGUGGAGGAUCAGUGUAGGUGGAAUGGCCGGUGGGAUUUUGAUGGAAGUGAGAGCCGGGCCUGUGGCUAUGUGGUGUAGUGUGUGGUGGGAUCGAUCAAACCACGGCAUCCCGGAGCAGAGCCAGCCAUCUGUCAGGCAGGCGGUUUGGGAUUUGAGAGCUGCGGGUUCAGAUGGGAGGUGACAGCUGGGCUGGGUCCUGCUGAUGUUAUGGGAGAGGGAGAGGCCCAGGGCAUUCGGAAAGCAGCGUUGACAGGACCUGGCAGGUAGCUAUGAGGGAAUGAAGGGAGGAGGAGGAGGAGGCAAGAAUGGCCCCCAGCUGGCUCGGCUGACUACAGAAAACUACUGAUGGGUGCAUCUUGGUGCUGCCCUGUCCCCUCUUCCCGGACAGUCUUCAGUUACCUCCACGUGUCUGUACCCCCCCACCUCUCUCCAUUCCUCACAAACAAGCAGGCCUCCAGCUUGCCACUACUACUGUAGUCAAGGCGGUUGCCACAGCAGUUGACAUCAGUGCUCUGGUCCCUAAGGAGCCUGUCACCCUCCAGCCUGCCUGCAGCUCGGCAUUACCACUUCUGCAAGGAACAGAUAGGAGGCACUUGGAGACACACUCACCGGUCGGUCUCCUGUUCUGAGAACUGGGUGGGGCCAGAGAGGGCCAGCGGCGAAAAGGAGAGGCUGGAAAGGGAGGCGGGCCUUCAGGUGGCCUCUUCAGGCAUCUGACGCUCCAGCCCACUUGGUUCCUUGACGUUGGUGGGAGCGGCGGCAGUGGCAAGAGCUGUAGCGCUUGGGCCAUGGCAGAGGACGGGCCACCGAAGCAGCAGCUGGACAUGCCGCUGGUUCUAGACCAGGACCUGACCAAGCAGAUGCGGCUCCGUGUGGAGAGCCUGAAGCAGCGUGGGGAGAAGCGGCAGGAUGGGGAGAAGCUGCUCCGGCCGGCCGAGUCUGUCUACCGCCUUGACUUCAUCCAGCAGCAGAAGCUGCAGUUCGAUCGCUGGGAUGUGGUUCUGGACAAGCCGGGCAAGGUCACCAUCACGGGCACCUCGCAGAACUGGACGCCUGACCUCACCAACCUCAUGACACGCCAGCUGCUGGACCCUGCUGCCAUCUUCUGGCGCAAGGAAGACUCCGACGCCAUGGAUUGGAAUGAGGCCGAUGCCCUGGAAUUUGGGGAGCGCCUGUCUGACCUGGCCAAAAUCCGCAAGGUCAUGUAUUUCCUCAUCACCUUCGGCGAGGGCGUGGAGCCUGCCAACCUCAAGGCCUCCGUGGUGUUUAACCAGCUCUGAUGACCAGCCCUGGCUGCCCUGCUUCUGGCCCACAACUCUCCCUCGCCUGAACCUCCUUCCUCAUCUUUAUUUUGGGGACAUUCUUCUAGCUGCUCCUUCAGUGCUUGACUUGGCCAGAGGCCUCCUGAGUCCUACAUACCCCCCCCUUUGGUGCCAGUGCUGUGGCUCACAGGGAUGUCCCCUGGCUCCAUAGUCUAGAAGCUAGACACUGCUACCAUAGACAAUAGAGGCCUUUGUGGGCAGAUGGCUGGGCAUCCUGGACAUGUGCCGUCUCUGCUUCAUUGUGGUGGAGAGAGGGGGAUUGAGAGACGAAGAGCUCCAAACAACCAGCCACUGAUUUCCUUCAGGCACGGGAGACUGAGACACGACAGGAACUACCUUCUGGGGAACCUGGCAAGAAGGCAUUUGCCUGCUGGCCAAAGCUGGAGUCGGGAGGUGAACGCCCAGGGGCACUCUGGCAGCAGGAGGGUGCUGGCAGUGUCAGUGUCCCCCUGCUGUGACCUUGGGGCCUUCAAGACGCUGGGCAGGAUGACAGCCGGGCUUGGUCUGUCUGGCAGAGGGUGGCCGGCUUUGCAGGCCUGGCCCAGGUUUCUGUGGAGAAGGUAAAGGACAUGUAGAUGCUGGCACAGCUCUAGCUACACACACACACACACACACACACACACACACACACACACACACACACACACACACAUAUUGAGAGAUGGCAUGCUAUAUUUGUAUGGAUGCGUGCCCAAGGGCGAAUACUAGUCAGGAAUAAGGCUAACUUUAGUUCAGUUGGUACUGGUUCCUGGGCAUGGUGGAGGUAACCCUGGCUGAGCCCUCCUUGGUUCAAGGCUUCCUGAACUGGGAGACUGAGGCUCAAAUGGUGAAGCAGAGAACUGAGUUAGAGGGGUCCAGGGCUCUGAGCCAGGAAUACUGAUGUCCCUGUUAGGAUGGCUGGCCUUUGCAGCUCCGCUGGUCAGGAACAUGGGUAUUGUGUCCUGCGGUCACCUCUCUGGGCAUUUACUGGUUCUGCUGGAGUGGAAGCACAUGGGUGAGGCUUGGGGGCAGGGCUGAGUCUAAAGUGGGCUAAAGGUGUCCAGAUGGGAUGCCUAACACUGGCUUCGGAGGCUAUCCAGGAAAACCCACUCACCGAACUGACAGGGAAACUGAGGCACAGUUAUUGGCAGAUUCAGUCCUGCCCUAAAGCCUCAUUUUCCUUCACCCUGCACAUGCCGAGAGCCUCCCUUUGAGGAGAAGCCUCACCUGCCACCUAGCAUCAGCCGGGGGCACCUCAGCAAUGCCACCCACUCUGUUUCAAGGCUGCCUCCAUCUGAGGUACCAGUGCAUCAAGAUCUGAAGGUAGGAGCUGUUCCAGCGGGUGGGCGGCCAGGAGGGCAAGCCCCGGCUCAGAGUCAGGAUUCUGGAGGCAGGAGAUAGGCUGUGGCACUGGCUCUGGUGGCUGUGCUCUGUCGCAUGCUUGCAGAAGCACCUGCUAGUGCGUCUAGACUCUGCUGACUCUAGGGAGCCAUACCUGGGCAGGGGCCGUACUUUUCUGCUUCUCUUUCUGACCCCUCCCUCCCGCUCUCGAGACCCCUUUGGUUCACACUGCCCGUCCCCCAAUUCUGUCUCACCCCAUUUGCCCUGUGGGGACCUGAGUGUCUCUGCUGUGCCUGUCCCGUGUCCCCAAUAAAGACUGUGUGCCCUCA